GACUUGGAUUCGGGUCGGUGACACUCCCUGGUUCGACUCGACUGUGGUGACUCGCAGAGUAUUCGCCCUUGGCCCACCAGCAUGAGGCCCGUUUAGAUCGACUCCCUGGUUGCAGACAGACAUGGAAGCGUCACACCCACCUCCCGAGGGGAUAAUGCUUCCCCCAAGCCCCGUUGGUUCGUCCGAUUCAUUCGACUCGACAUCGUCCGGCUCUGCCGCAGAGCAACCCGGCGAGGCAAAAUGCAGCGAUAACGUCAUGAUCACUUUGUCGCUCACACCUGAUCCGCCGGUCCAAACUCCGACUCGUCUUCCUUUUUCCCGUUCCCAUUUCCGAUCACGAUCAAUGGUUGAGGUCCCCGGCCUACCUCUGAUGACGCGCGCCCACUCGUCCCCAGGGCUGGACUCACGGGGCAGAUAUAUAUUCGUCAACGGUCGCGGCGCUUCAACAAAUCUGGGCGAUCCGGCGGCCAAGCGCUAUCUGCCAUUGCAGGUUACCACUGGAGAUGGCCUAGAAUCCAGAAUGGUGCCCCUGAAUAUCUCGGAGACUAUCUCAGAACAUGCGGAGUUGGAUACUACUCUUGUCUCCUCUCCUUCUCAAAUUGACUACUACCCUACCUCGCCGGUUUUCUCUCAUACCCUACCGCGCGUCAACCGUCGCCGACCGUCGUCCCCCCUUCAUUUUCAGAGCCCAAGCUCGUCCGUCCACUCGAUGGGAAGUCCGUCCGGCCAUUCCUCCCCUGUGAUCUACAACAUGAGGUACAACGAAUCCUACCCCGGUUAUUCGGCAUCUUCGACCUCAUCUAUACCUUCGACCCCGACAAGCUUGCGGUCUCGUAGCCCGAGCAUUUCGUCAUUGGAAACUAUCCCUGACAUUCCCGACGCUGAAGCCGCUGCGAUCGAGGCGGACCGGAUCGCGGCUCUGAAAGCUGCAGCAGAUAAGGCGGAUGAAGCAGAAGCGGCCAGCAGCGGCAAUCGAAGGCGCGGGGCAUCCGAUGCUUCUGGCCCCUCCAGCGGUCUAAUGACAAUGCGGGCGGGAUCGGUUGGCUACGGACCCCGAGCUGACAAGCGGAAACGUUGGAGUGUCUGUGGAGCAGAGCGUAGACAGGACCUGGACCUGGAAACGAUCUGGGAAGAUUGAAUACGAUGCAAAGCCAGCAUCAAUCCCUUGCUACGACUUUUAGUCCGUUUCACGGACAUUCUCACAUUACGCAUCACUUGGACCAAGCUGGCUGGUGACCCGUCCAUACUGAACCGAUCAACAACCAC